AUGGCCUUCCCCGUCUCUCAACCUUCCACCUCGCUCCCUUCAUCGGCUACCUCGACCAUCAACCCUGCAAUCACCGCCACGGCAGAGGAGUCUCACUCUCAGAAGAAUACCCUCAACAUCCCAUCCACGCAGCCGACCACCAUGUCACUCCCUUUACAGUCUCCGUCGGCCGUCUGCCCACCGCCGCACCCCGCUCUCCAGAUGCAGGGCUUGCCGCAGGCCCUAAACACUUCAUCUCAUCCCGCUCAAGCGGUUCCCGCACCGGGCAACGACCAGCCAGUCCCGCAAUCGGGCGCUGCACCGGUUCCACAACCGGGCACUGAUCACCACUACCCACACCCGAUAAAUGGCCUCGGCGGCCCAACGGCGACCGCACCCUUCCUGCAAGACUUUAGUCUUGUCGCCGAAGCCGCGAAGCGCGCUCAGAUGUCGAUUGUCAUGCGUGAUCUCGAGAGUGUGACCCUAUAG